CGCUCAUGUAUUUUUUUAGCGCGUCGGCCCAAAACGCACGGUUAACAACUGAUUCCGAUUCAGCUGAAUCAGCAUCCGGUCAGCUGAACAGGACUUUGGGCUCCGUGUAACCCAAAAGAACAUCCGUGAUUUCAUUCAAAAAUGGCAACAAAUCCUCCCAAAUUCAAAGUUUCGGUCGUUGAUGAUGAAAGGCUGCAAAACUUGAAAAAUACUUUUGAAAGACAGUAUGGAGGAUCACCUCUCUUCUAUGCAUGUGCACCUGGAAGAGUCAAUCUCAUAGGAGAGCACAUUGAUUAUUGUGGCUUCUCUGUGCUUCCGAUGGCAAUUGAACAGAAUAUUCUUGCUGCCGUCUCGUUAAAUAAUUCAGGGACGAUCCAACUAUCUAAUAUUAAUCCUCUCUACAGCAAUAUCACAGUGUCCACCUCAGAGGAAAUUGUUAUUGACAAAAAUAACCCAAAGUGGUAUUAUUAUUUCCUGUGUGGAGUUAAAGGCAUUCAGGAGAAGUUUGGGAUCGCACGUUUACAGGGAAUGUCAUGUGUCAUCGACGGAAACGUUCCUCCAAGCUCCGGCCUGUCCAGUUCUAGUGCUCUGGUUUGUUGUGCUGGACUCAUAACAAUGGAGGCAAAUCAGAAGUCCCUCUCCAAAGUAGAUCUCGCAGAGACAUGUACCAAAUGUGAGAGCUACAUUGGCACCGAGGGAGGCGGCAUGGACCAGUCCAUCUCAAUCCUGGCAGAGAAAGAAACUGCAAAACUGAUUGAAUUUGGACCUUUGAGGACCACUGAUGUCCCACUCCCUGACAGUGCUGUAUUUGUAAUUUCCAACUCAUGUGUGGAGAUGAAUAAAGCGGCAUCUUCUCAUUACAACAGCCGUGUGGUGGAUUGUCGGAUCGCGACAAAGUUGCUGGCCCAAGCUAAAGGUUUGAACCAGAAAGAGUUUUUGAAGCUGGCCCAGGUGCCGACAGAGAUAAAUGCAUCUCUGGAAGAGAUGCUGGCACUGGUGGAGGAAGUCCUACAUCCUGAACCGUACAGCCGAGAUGAGAUCUGUAAGAUUUUGGGAAUCACCUCCCAGCAGUUCUCCACAGAGUUGCUUAGUGCUAAUACUCAACACGUAACUCAGUUCAAGCUAUACCAGCGAGCCAAGCAUGUAUACGGCGAAGCAGCACGUGUGCUACGCUUCAAGAACGUGUGUGACUGUGCACCUAGCGAUUCGAUGCAGUUACUGGGUGACUUGAUGAACCAAAGCCACGCGAGCUGCAGAGAUCUUUAUGAGUGCAGCUGCCCUGAACUGGACCAAUUGGUGGACAUUUGCCUGAAAUCGGGUGCUGUAGGCUCCCGUCUGACAGGAGCAGGUUGGGGCGGCUGCGCUGUGUCCAUGGUUCACAGGGACAAAGUCCAGUCUUUCUUGCAAGCAGUAAGGAAAGCUUACUACCUCCCUGACCCACGAAGAGCAGCAAUGGAAAAGCAAAGUUUGUUUGUAUCAAAGCCUGGAGGAGGAGCUGCAAUUUAUUUUGAGAAAUGAUGUGUAUUGUUAUAUACAGUA